CUCAUUUCCAACAUAGCCGGCUUCCCUCGCCCCAAGAUAUUCAAAGUUUCAAACACACUUCCAUGGCUUCCGCAGCUACAGUUCCCUCACCGGCACCCCAAAAACUUCACCCUUCCGACAUUUCAAGCAUCAAAGACUUCGCCGAAUCAAUCGCCGGCUCUGCCAUCCCUUCCACCUACCACUCCAUCACGGAAGGUCGCGAUGAUGUCGCCGAUGAGCUGGCCGCUUCCCUCCCUGUCAUCGACCUCUCCCUCCUCACCUCCACGGAUCCUGUAAUCCACGCUGGCGCCGUUCGCGAACUUGGCAGGGCCUGCCAAGAUUGGGGCUUCUUCUUGCUCAUAAAUCACGGAAUUUCGGAGAGCCUGAUAGAGGAUGUGGUGAAAAAGUCUCUUGAGUUUCACAACCUGCCAUUCGAAGAGAAGAACGAAUUCAACGACGAAGGUAUGUUUGCACCCAUCAGAUACGGUACCAGCGCCCUUCCCCACGGAAUAGGAGAGACUGUUCAUUACUGGAGAGAUUAUCUAAAGAUCACAACUUUUCCGGAGUUCAACUUUCCCAACAAGCCUCCUGGUUUCAAGGAGGUUGGCUACGAUUAUAGCCGAAAAAUCAGAGCUGCGGCGAGAACUCUGCUUCAAGGAAUAUCAGAGAGUUUAGGAUUAGAACCCAAUACCAUCGUUGAAUCCACAAAUUUUGAUUCUGGAUUUCAAAAGUUUCAAGUGAAUUUAUACCCUCCCUGCCCCCAGCCAGACCUUACUCUUGGACUGCCUGCUCACACUGACAAUGGAUUUCUGACCCUCCUCAUCCAAAAUGGGAUCGGAGGUCUUCAGUUGAAGCAUGAAGGCAAAUGGGUUAAUGUCACUCCUCUGCCUAACUGCAUCAUCGUCAACACCGGCGAUCAGCUUGAGGUUGUGAGCAACGGGAGGUACAAGAGCAUUUGGCACCGAGUGGUGGUGAACGAGAGAGUGACGAGGGUUAGUCUGGCGUUGGGGAACGGACCGCCAUAUGAUCAAGAAAUUGGACCUCUGCCGCAGUUACUGGAGAAGGAAAAGCCAGUGUUCAGAAGCAUCACUUACAGGGAGUUCCUUAAGCUUCAGCAGAAGGUGAGAUGUGACAAUAAGCCCAGAGGGUUGGAAGAGCUUCGAAUUAAACCUCAGGAUUAAUGGAGUCUGCGAGUUUUCUAGAUAGCCCAUUGCGUCGGUGAUGAAUUGCAGUUAGCCGUGGUUGUUAUUGUACCUUAUUCGGACUGUUCAUUGCGGUCAAACAAUACUAUUCAGAGUUGUCAGGUUUCAAGCGAGUGAUGGCAAGAGUAGGUGAGUGAAUAAUGGAGGUCAUGUAAUGUUAAAGUAAAAUGAUGUUCCUGCGUGAGUAUUGGGCACUGCCUUUUAGAUAAAGCAACUUUACUUGUGAGCACUUCAGCUUAUUAGCUCGGAUUGUCUUGUCUCUCGAGUGGGCAGUGGCGAUCUUAUUUAGAAUUCUAGUAUUUUUCGUGAUAUCAUCACA